UGUGCGAAGUGGGGACGCGGCCGCCGCUGGCCGCCGAGCGCGGGGAGCCGCCCGGGGGUGCCGCCGCCGCCGAAAGGUGCCGAGACAUGGGAGAACAGCCCAUCUUCACCACCAGAGCCCAUGUCUUCCAAAUUGACCCCAGCACGAAGAAGAACUGGGUUCCUGCAAGCAAGCAGGCUGUAACAGUUUCCUACUUCUAUGACAGCACGAGGAACAGCUAUCGGAUUAUCAGUGUGGAUGGAGCCAAGGUGAUCAUAAACAGCACCAUCACCCCCAACAUGACCUUCACUAAGACGUCGCAGAAGUUCGGGCAGUGGGCAGACAGCAGAGCCAACACCGUGUUCGGGCUGGGCUUCCCCUCGGAGCAGCAGCUGACAAAGUUUGCAGAGAAGUUCCAAGAAGUAAAAGAAGCUGCCAAACUUGCAAGAGACAGAUCUCAAGAGAAAAUUGAGACCUCAAGCAAUCAUUCACAGACCAGCUUUGCAGCCAAGAUGAAAAGGGAGAUGCAGGAGACACCCAGUGUUGGUUUGUGUGUUGUGCUGCAGGAGUCUGGACGUGAAACACCAUCUUCCACUCGAGCUUCAAGUGUGAAUGGCACAGACGACGAGAAGGCAUCACAUGGUGGCUCUGCUGAGGCACAUCUCAAAUCUGAGAAUGAUAAAUUAAAAAUUGCUCUAGCCCAAAGUUCAUCCAAUGUGAAGAAGUGGGAGACGGAGCUGCAGUCGCUGCGGGAGAGCAACGCGCGGCUGUCCACAGCUCUGCAGGAGUCUGCGGCCAGCAUCGAGCACUGGAAGAAGCAGUUCUCAGCCUGCAAGGAGGAGAACGACCAGCUGAGGGGCAAGAUUGAAGAACUGGAGGAACAGUGCAAUGAAAUAAAUAAAGAGAAGGAAAGAAAUGCACAGUUGAGUAGGCGUCUCCAGGAACUGGAAACAGAACUUCAGGACAAAGAGCUGGAACUGGAAGAGCUCCGAAAGCAGGGUGAAAUUAUACCAGAGCUAAUGUCAGAAUGUGAAUCUGUAUCUGAACAAUUACAGGCUGCUGAGAAAAAGAACAAAGAUCUUGAAGAGAAAGUCAGAACGCUAAGGACAGAAGUCGAAGAGAACAAACAUAGGCAGACCAACCUUAAAACUGAAUUAAAGAAUUUUUUAGAUGUACUAGACGGGAAGAUAGAUGAAUUACAUGAUUUCCGACAAGGACUGUCUAAACUUGGGGUUGACAAUUAGAUGGCAAUAGAUCUUUUUUGUAAUCUAGGGUCUGGAUGUUUGAUGUUUUGUUGAUCCCAAAUGUGUGUUUUACAAAAUAUAACUAGAAUGUUCCACUUGUUUGCAUUGGUUUUGUACAUAGAGGCUGAAAAUCUGCUGUGGGGUUUAUUUUGGUGGGUUUCUUUUUUGUUUAUUUGUUUAUUUACCAAACCAAUUGUGCUGCUCACUGAAUUCUGUUGAGUUUAGAAACUUUCUAUAUUGCUGCUCUGGCUUUGUGGGGUUGGGAACAGGUAGAGGGUUCUGUCUCAGGAAUCUGGAACUAGAUCUACCUUAAAAUGAAUAUGCAGUUAGUUGUUGCAGGGAAAUUUAUAUCUUUCUUAAGGGCUGUUGCAACCAUAGAAACAGAAAAGAAGUCUUUUUCUUGUCCAGACUAUCAGCACUCUUAGCAGAAUUGACUUUAUUCCAUGGUGGAGCAGAGAGAUUAGCUGGAGCCCCUGCAGUUUGUAAAAUGUGGCUGUGAUGAGCUGCAGUCAGGAGAAUCACUUCUCACAGAUACUAGUGUCUUUAGGGACCGUGUCAAUCAGGCCUGAUUCACCAAAAAAAAUGCAGUGGAUUUCAGAUAACCUCUGACAGAGGUUUCAUGUGCUUACCUGGACCCAUACAGCACAAAGUCAACAAGGCAGAAAUGAGUUUCAGCUCUUGAAGUCGUGUCUUACCAGUCAGUGAGGACAGCUUCUCUUGCUUAGCAGCAUCACCUCUCUCUGGCCUCCAGUUUUAAACCCAUAUAGUUCCAUCAUUAUGUGCAUCUCUGAGGAAUGCUCACCUGAGUCUGGGAACCAGAUAGUUAUUUUCAAAAGUGAUAUGUUGCUGGUUUUACAGGACUUGUGCCCCUCUGCGUGCAGCUUCAUUGUUGUUGAUUGACUUCUGCAGCAGUGAGGAACUCCUUCUUCAUGGAUCUGAAAAGCAUCAUAAGGUUACUGGAAGGUGUUGCUCAGAAACAAGUUUCUGCCCAGGAGACUGGCAGGGCAAUGGCCACAUGAAAUCAAAGUCCUUUCUCUGGCAGUAGGGUAGGAAUUAGUCACCAAGUUAGAUUGUACAAAAAAACCCACCUCAUCCUGAGAGGCAGAAAUGCUCUUUUAUUCUUGAACUGAUUAUUCAGCAGCUCUAAGAGUGCUUUGAGAAAUGCAAGGUCGUACCCUGGCCUUCAGUCAGAAGAAAGUUCAGUUCAUCACAGACAGGGGUGUAAAAAGGGCCAGAGAGGAGAAUCCCGCCCAAACUUUGCUCUUUCCCCAAGAACUUCCUUCAGCUUCUUUCUCUUCUUUCUCCAUAACCUUUUUUGAGAGUGUUUACAUGGGAUCUUAAUUAAUUCAGGAAAGUACUUUUGUGUAUGUGACAUUGUUAUUUGCUUGAUUCAGACGACAGCUAGGUUAAGCACUGUGUUAGUGCUUUCCAGCAGUGACUGAUAUAAAAUUGCCAUGCUUUUCUUGGAAUUUCAGGGCUUUUUUCUUUUUUUGGCACAUCUUGAUCAUUAAAGUGACCUUUAAAAGAAAGGUGGGUUGUAGAUGAAACAUGCAUUGAAUACAUUUUUGCAGAUGAACACAUAAUCCCAUGGUGGAGAUAGGAUCUGUCUGCAAUUGUCCCUUGAAUUUUCAUUUCAUCUGUUACUGUUACAUUAUCUUCAUUGCCUGUUUUUUUAGAAUGGACUUUGAGUAUUUUUGCUUUUACUCCUUUGCAACAAUGGAUGUAAAGCUAGGACCUUUCAUAGCCAUUAUGACCAUUUAAUUCUCUUUUAAAAAAUCAUUUUAGGGGGUUGAUAUUUAAAAAAAAAAAAAAAAAAAAUCAGGUACAUAGCAUGUAGGCGUGUGAAAAUUAGACUUUGCCAGCAUGGAAGAUUCAACAGUUGCAUAAUGUGGGGUUGGAUCAGACUUCUCAAAAUUGAAAAUUACGUCAGAAACUGUGUGGUUGUGCGUGCACAAGUAGUCUCCAUUUUUAGUUUUUUUAUUUGAUAGAAAGUCAGAUAUACACCAUAAUUUAGCAGGCAGCUCAUCCUGCUUUUCCUCCCAUGCUGUUUUUUGGUCUCUCCAUCAGCUGGGAACCACAGGAUAACACAAUUAAGAACUAUGAGCAACACUGGCAGUCAGGGCCCUACUCCUCACAGUGGUUCAUUGCUUUUGUGUCAAGGACCCUGUCCUAUCUUCCUUUUCCUGCUGAGUAAUCUUAAGGUUUUUGUCUUUGUUUUAACAUAAAUUAUGUUUUUUAAUAUGAUGCUGGGUAAAAGGAUGCAAAAGACUGCGAAAAAAUCACAUUAUUUGGCUUAAUCCAGAUCUUUGUUUUCCACUUUAGUUAGGUCUGUCUCAGAUCCAGUUCAUUAGGAAUGUAUUAAGCCACUCUUAAAUUGCAAGAGAAGUGUUUCCAUGGGAUUGCAUUGAUUAAACAGAUGGAGUUUGAUGGUGGCACAUUAAGCCAGUGCAUAGCUGUGACACGGGCAGUUAUUUCUGGGUGCUUAGUGCCCACCAGAGGAAUAAUGGAGUGUCCCUAAAGAAAUCCCUGCCCUGUCUCUUCUAUCUUGCCCCAGAUGUAUGUAUCACAUAUCUGUUACUGCUCUGAUGUUGAAUCGUUAGGGAUGCCUGUACACAGCUUUAUGCUGUGGGAAAUGUUGUCCUUCAAGCCUCCAAGGGCUUGUUAUCGUUGCCUUCUUUCAUUUUCCUUCCCAAUAGCAGUUAAGUUGAGAGCUUCUACGUAUAAUCACUUAAACUCCCCCAAAUGCCAUCUCUUUUAACCUUUCCAUUUUUUUCAUUGGAUUUUUCCUCAUCAAGAGAAAAAAAGCAUGGCAGUGCACGCUCUCAGGAGUGUUUGGGCACCAACUGCAGCUGCCCUCCCUGGCCUGUCCCCGUCCCUCUCCCUGUCCCUGUCCCCACCCCAGGGGACCAAUGGUGUCACACGCUGCUUAUUUCUCGGUGCUCUCUGGUGGCCCAGCACUAACCUGUAUUCCCAACUAAGAGCCCCACACUGCUCCUCUGAGAUUCAUCCCAGCGCUGAAAUGCCUCCUCUGCCCUGAUGGGAGCACCAGGGCAGCCAGCCUUCCCCCACCAAAAUGGGGACAUCAUCCUGUGGAUGCAUUGACUCUCCUUUUGUGCACAGUGGGGAUUUUGUCAGUCCCUUUGGGCACCCUGAGUUCAGCUGGCACCUGCUUAGGGAUGGCCCUAAACACUGCCAAGGCCAAGAAAUACUCAUCCCUGUCCAAGAGAGGAUCUGCAGAAUUUGGUUUUAUUUGAUACACAGUGCUGGGCUAAUCCUGGUUUCCCUGUGCCUGUCAGCAAUGCCUUGGUCAGCGCUCCACUUCCACGCAGCCUGGGCACAGGUUUAUAGGGGGCUGUACCUCACCCUGUGUGACUGUGAGUUCCCUUUCUGGACACAGGUUUCUCCCUCAAAGUGGUUUUUACGGCAGGAGCUCUCCUACCUCACUGACAACAGUCUUUCCUUUACAAAGGACUCUUUGCUCGGCACUUCCCGUGUGGGUUUCUGCCAGCUGCACCCCGUGGGUCCUGCCGCACUGCCCAUCCCGCCUGCCUGGCCCUCGUGGCAUCAGCAACCUGGGAGCUUCAGCAAGAAACAUCUGUGCUGGCCUCCUGUGACACCAGGACAGAGGGUGUCUUACUGACCUCUGGGUGAGAUGCUUCUCUGAGGUGAUGUUAGAGCUGCUGAAUAAUGCUAGGGUUUGAGGGGUUUUGACAAAAUGAGAAACAAACAGGUAUACCUUGUAUUACAUAAAAGCAAAAGUGACAAUAAAAUGGAUAGAACUAUUUUCAAGGGGAAAGAAUGUUCCAUUAGAUAUAUUAUGUCACAUUUUGGAAAAAUACCUUAGUCUCAUAUUAGGGGUAAAUUAUUUCAAUAUGAAAAAAUGGAACUUUGUUGCACAGCUCAGAAUAAAGAAGGUUAAUACUUUGGGGUUUUUAUUAUUUGGCUGAAUCUUUCUUUGACAAUUUUGACUCAACUUCACAAGUAGUUCUGUUUGGCUAGAAGUGUGUUUUCAGCAAAUGCUGAAAUGCUCUGUCACCUAGUUGGUGUCUCCUUUACUAAGUGAGCUCACUUUAAGAAAUUUUCUUUAAGAAAUUCAACACCACCUGUCAUUUUCUGUGUCUGAGCAUUCAAAAGAUGCACUUUCUAGAAACAGUUUUACAUUGGGUGUAUCUGUGGCCAGAAAAUAAAUACUAUUUAGAUAGCAUCUUUUUUUCUGGACAAACACCUCAUUUGGUUUUUAUGUGAGUGAUUUAGGGAGAACAGUUUUUUAAAGCUGCUGGAUGAAUUAAGGUGAGAAGGAAGGGUUUCUGCUGUUCUGCCUGCUGUCCCUGCCCUGUCAAGUGAUUGCUCAGUGGCUUGUCGGGCGCAGGGAACACAUGUCCCCCUGGCAGCAGGGCACAAAUUGUCCAUAGACUUCUCCUCUUUUCUCUGUGCUGUUUAUUUCCCGAGUGUUCGUUUCUUUUUCUUAUUAAUUUUUUUGCCACCUUUGGCUGCAUCAUGAGUGACAGAAGAAAAUUCCCUGUUACUGUCACCACCUUGCAGUGGUAGGAGUUCCUCAGCUACAAGACCAUGCUCUUCGUUAGGCUCUUCUAAAGAGUUAUCUUGGCGAAACUCUUUAAAGCAUCAAUGGCUCAUAAGGAAUACAGUGCUGUCUUCCUGAGCCUAUGGAUUAACAAAGAUAAAACCCCUGUCAGGGUGAAAUGCCUCGCCCAGCUUAAUGCGUGCCCGAUGCUAAAUCUGGAGGGAAGAGGUGUAAGGGGAAGCAGCAGCAGCAGCAAAUUUUUUUGGCUGUUGUUUCAGCACAGAUUUCAGUGAAAGAUGUGCUCUGCCUUGGGCUGUAGACGUUCCAAAGGUCUGGAUGGCCACACCAAUCCACCAGCUCACCUGCCUUUGUCCGGGCAGUUCCAGGCUUGUCAGGCCUGGAAAUAUCGAAAAGUCCUCAGCAUAUCACACAGGUGGUGCUGUGAGAGAUGGAAGGGCAACGUCCACACACACAGAGCUCAGAGAGCCUUGCAGCCACGGCUCUGGUUAUGGUCAGACACUUCCAGUCAAAAAUAGGAAAAGCUGUUCCUGUCCCACAGGGCCUCGGCAGCGCCAGGGACCUUGCAGAAGGGCAGCUCCAGCUUUCAGGAGGCUGAGGGGCAGCGGGGAGCGCCAGGCUGGGCUGGCGGGGCCUGCUCGCGGGCACCGUUAGCAAUGGUAAGACGGAAAGCUACCCUAAGGUAAUUUCUCUUUCCGUGGCUCGUGUUCAACAAGCACCUGUGUGUCAGGCAGAGCAAUACACAGCCACAAGGUGAAUCCAGUCACACGUGCAGCCAGAGAGCCCCAGCUGGCCCACACGGCCUGCCCGGGGACGCUGUGCCUGCAGCAGGGAUUUAGGCUCACAUGAAGUCUGCACAUCUUAAAUACCAUUCUCUGCAGCAAGUGCUAAGGUACCCGAAGUGAAAUAGAGGCAGGAGGUGAAUGAUAAAUGGGAUGAAGGUGCUUUCCAAAGGAGGGCUCUCCUGCAGGCUGUGGGCAGAGCUGGUCCUGGCCAGGAGGGCUUUGCUUGCAUCCCUGAGGGAUGUUGGGUGUCCAGCCUUUGAUUUUCUAAUGUGUUUUAUGUUAGCUCCUCUUCUUCUCUUUUUUUUUUUUUUUUUUUUCUUUAAGCAGGUAGCCUGAACAUAGAGCCUUCAGAUGAAGGUGCCUAUACCUCCAAAAAUUUUAUAUGCACAGUUUGAAAGCUAGUUAAUUACCUAAUAAUAAUAAUGGUACAUACAAGAAAGGCACUUGAGAAAAAUCUGUCUGCUCUUGUAUUUUCGUUUGGGUUGGGUUUGUUUGUUUUUUUAACACUGGUCAGCAAUAAUUUUUUUAGCCAUAUACUAGCUAAAAAGACUGAUAUGUAAGAUUUGUGAACUAAGCUUCUAAGUUUGCAGGAUUUUGAUUAACCUGGGUAUGUGAUGAGGAAGCUAUGCUCAAUGAAAGAGUAUUUUGCAGCAUUUAGAUGUAUUCAUUUAAUUGCCUAAUAGUGAUCAUGAACAUAAUGUUCUAUAAAGCUCAUCAUGAAUGACAAACAAAGCACAUCGUUUUUAACAUGAAUAUAUCCCUUGUAGUUGAAAGUUCUGAGAGUGUACUAGUGUGGUCUGCUAUACCAAAAUAUUUAGAUUAUUAUGAGAAUUUAGUAUUAAAGAUAAACAUACACCCUGUUUUUACUGUUUCAAGUAAAGUUUAGUGAAUGACAAUUUGUUGAUAUACAACUGUGGGAAAACACUGCAGUGCUUUAAAUGUAUAUUUUUAUUUGGGUUUAUUAUAUUUAGUAUAUGUUUCAAUGAAAACUGGAGUGUUUACUGCAGUUGGAUCAUUGUAAAAACAUCUCUUACCUCAUUUUGUCUGCUGUAAAAAAGUACUAUCCUCUUUUUUUUUUCUUAUUUUCAAAUUGACCAUAGACAGUCAAUGUUAAUAUUUAGACUCCUAGUAGCAGUAAAUGCUGGGUUUUAUAUCUAUAAAAUGAAAACUUGAUUUUUUUCUUUAUGAAUUUAUUAUAUAACUUUGUGAUUUUUAUCUGAUUUUAUUGUAACAUAAAG